GGCAGCCACACGAGGAGGGCAGCGCGCAAAAGAGCGCCGAUAGAUACCGGUCUGGAGACUAUUUGGGGGUUAAAAGCUGCCGGCGCGCAGCCUGCGGCGGGAGGCCACUGAAUUCAAAGCCUUCCUGCCAAAACAGAAGCCAAGUAAUAAUGGACUCCAUCCUGCAGAACCUCUCCCACAAAGCAGAGCCAUGCGCACAGAAGGAUAGUACCGUGGCGCCGCCGCCGCCGCCGCAGCGCAAGCUGACGAUCCGCCUCCCGGUUGGGUCGCAUAAUUCGUGUGAAGCCGCCGCCUCGACCGCGCCCCAGAAGGACGUGGACGCCAUCCUGAGGAACCUGGCCGGCUACCGGCCGCCGCCGCCCGGCCCGCAGCUCUUUGGGCCGCCGCCCAAGGCCCGCGCCAAGCCCACGCUUCAGCGGACGACGCCGCGCGCGCCCGACGCGGGCCCGCUGCCGUCGAUCCUCGAGCUGCUCGAGCAGCACGUCGCCGCCCGCCCGACGAGCGAGGCGCCGCCGACGGCCGAGGAGACCCUCGCGGCGCUGGGCGCGCCCGGCGACGAUGAGGCGCCGCCGACCGCGCCGCCGACGGCCGAGGAGGCCAUGGAGGCGCUGGGCGCGCCCGGCGACGAUGAGGCGCCGCCGACCGCGCCGCCGACGACCGAGGAGGCUAUGGAGGCGCUAGGCGUGCCCCGCUACGUCCGAGACGCUCUGCGGGCGCCGCCGACGGCCGAGGAGGCUACGGAGGACGUCCGAGACGCCCCGGCGCCGCCGCCGCCCGCGCGGAAGAAGCGGCGGCUGAGCGGCUUCGGCAGCACCCCGAAGUUCCCCGCGAAGCUCUUCGAGAUGGUCUCGCACCAUUCAAAUGUUAUUACUUGGGAAAACGGCCGCCUCGUCGUCCGCGACCAGGCGCGGCUCUGCGCCGAGCUCAUGCCGCGGUACUUCACGGUCAAGACCGGGACGGCGACCUUCCCGUCCUUCGCGCGCCAGCUCAACUACUACGGGUUUUCAAGAGCGAAGACGGGCGCGGACCUCGCCUACGUGCACCCGGGCGUGGCGAAGGUCGAGGACCUCGCGACGCUGGCCCGCAAGGACGAGCCGGCGCGGAAGAAGCCCAAGGCGUCGGAGGCCGUCGAGGUCGUUUCUCUGGAGGAGCACCGCCGCGUCGUCGCGGAGCGCGAUAUGUUAAGGGAGGAGGUGUCAAAGCUGCGCAAGGCCCUGGCGCAGGCCGAGGCCGCGCUGCCAAUCCACACGGCCGAGGCCGUCCGCCAGGGCGACCGGCCCGAUCCACGCCUCUACUUAGCCGACUCAGCAACCAGUAAAGAUGUCUGCGCCUUUUGUGGGAAGCAUCAUGGCACGCCGAACGCCGACGGCACGCUCGAGGGUGAUUUGCUGUUCCCGCCCUUCCGCGGGAACGAUGGGAAGCCGGUCUGGGUCCACGCGCAGUGCGCGUUGUUUAGUGCCGAGGUCCACGGCGAGCGCGAGGGCGACCUGUACAACGUGUUGGCUGCGGUCAAGCGGGGCCGGUCGUUGAAAUGCGCCGCGUGCGGCGAGCGCGGCGCGACGGUGGGCUGCGGCGAGAAGCGCUGCUCGAAGUCCUUCCAUUUGAGAUGUGCUGCGGCCCACGGGCUGUUGCAGGGCGAGACGACGUUCCACUGCCGGAAGCACGCGAGUUGGCCGGACGCCGUGCAGUGCGACCGCUGUUUUAAAUGGAGAGCCUGGGACUGUGUGGAAAUCAAAUUUCGGGCGUCUUACGCCAUCGACGCGACGUGCUUUCCGUAGCUAUCAACGCGACUUUGUCCCCGUGGCCGCGUCGGCUCGAUGAUGUGGAGGUUCAGGAUAACCUAACUCACUGUUGGUUUCCACACAGGCCUGGAAGACCGUAGAUAAAACGACGGGGCGGCCCGCUCCUUUGCCUGAGGGCGACUGGUUCUGCGAGCUGAACGAAGAUACGACUUGUAAUAGUUGUGAAGUGAAGGCAUCAAUUACGUCGCCCGAGGCCGUCGAGCCCGACCGACGGGGCGACGCGGUCGCCAUUGAGGGUCAAAAGUGCGCGUUCUGCCUGUCUCCGUCGUUAUCCUUACUUGAAUCCAAGGCGCCGGGCGGUUUGUGCACGAGGCCACUGAAAGACGGUCCCAAAAGUGUCUUCCACCACGCGGCCUGCCUGGCGCUCGCGCCGGAGGUCGUGCGGUCGGGCGGCCACGUCUUCCGCGGGCUGAGCGCGUUGCGGCGCGGGCGCCUGCUCAAGUGCUUCUCCUGCGGGAAGCGCGGCGCCACGGUGGGUUGUGGCGUGAAGGAGUGCCCGCGGAGCUUCCACGCGCCCUGUGCGUUAUUCAGAUCUGGAGGCUGCGUCGACGAGGGCAACGGCGAGUCGUCGAACGUCUUCUACUGCAGCGCGCAUCGUAACAAAGGGACGGACCGGUGGGUGUCGUGCAGCCACUGUAGCGCGUGGCGGCGCUGGAAGGGCCCCGUCGACGCGACGGGCGGCGAGCGUUGCUGGCGCCCGACGCGCAGCCAACCUGUGCGGAAUUAG